UCAGGAACUGCCAAAAAGUAUCAUGAGCACUUACUGAGGACUGCCCUUGGAAAAAUAACGGAUGAAAUAAAAUUGAAAAAUAAGAAAAAUCUUCGAAAAGAACGGGUAAGUAUACAGUUAAUAUGCGUUAAAAUAACUUAAAUGAUACAUUUUGAAUGAUGCAAUGAAAGUUAGUUGAAAAGUACUAAAAAGAAAAAUUUUCUUUAUCUUAUAGAAAUACGAGAGAAGAAAAGCUCAUGUCAAGGAUGAUACUGAGUCCCGUGCCUUCGCAAAGUUUAGUAAAGAGCACAUGUCUAGUGACGAUGAUGACACAGAUAAUGAUGAAGGCGAAGGAGGAUGGGUGUCUAGGCCCCCAAAAUACAGGAGCAAAACUCUUGAAGCUUUCAUAAACAAGUAAGAAGUAUACUAAAGGCUUAGUUCUUUACUGAUAUUUCUAAUAGCAAAAAAGAUGGAAAUGUUUUUAUCCUUACAAAUUGCCAAUAUUACUGUCCAGUAUUGUCAGACUGUUCCUUGUUAUUGGCAAUGAUGGACUGUAAAUGUCAGGUAGGCUUUAAAGUCAGUUUAUUUGUUAGCCACCUAUUAGCGCUUUUUUGCCCGAUUUUUUUUUAAGGGUUGGAUUUACUUCACGGUUUCAAUCAAGUCAACGGCAUUUUCUAAUUAUAAUAUUGUUAUUGUCUUAGGCUUGACAAGCGCAGCGAAAAGACAGAAAACGCAAAAAACAAAAGGUGGAAACGAACAAAGGCUCAUAAAAGGGAGCCUGUAGAAAGAGAGCCACCCACAGGUUCUCCUAAAUGGGCGCUGUCCGAUGAAUGGAGGGAAAUUAUGCAAAGGAGAGAGCAGGAACAAACGGAAAUGUAAGAAUACUGCUUAGCCUAUACAUUCCUUAUUGGAUGCUGUCGCUUUUACUUUUAGUAUACCAACUAUGAAGGUGAAGCACAGAACAAUGUUCAAACUAUGUAACCCGGUGUAAAAAUUCACUGUCUCUAUAUAUUGCAUGCUAUGAGGAAUUUCGUAAUAUGCUUGUUUCCUUUAUACAAGGUUGUUACAUUGUUUACCUAAAAUUUUUUGGUUUAACAGAGAACUUGAGGAUGAAGAGACCACUGACGAAUCCAGAGCGGAAGAAAGAGAAGGAGAAGAAAGUGAUAAUGACAGCUCCUCAGGAAGCGAUUGUGAUUUUGAGAACGAAUAG